UCCAAUACUUGUCAUUGGAAAAUAGACGAUAUGAGCUAUUUCCGAGCCGCUGUGGUGCAUACAGCGGACACUCAGUUCACAUAUCGAUUUGGUGCAGGAAGCAGGUGGUUAAGAGAAGAGAAGCCCUCCCCUUCUAUCGUCCCGUUUUAUGUGCUUCUAAUCAUAAGUCGGCAGAAUUACGCCGUGUUCCUCAUCAUUAGUCAUGACUGCUAAGUCCUUUCGCUUCGUUGUUUGCUUAAGUCAUGAUCGGAUGUGAAGUUCUUUCACAACUUGUAUCUAAUCAUUUAGGAAUGAAGGCCGUGUACGGAGGUGAUUCAAUUCGCCACGACGGGAGGAACGGUCCUAUGCAUCGCAUAUAUCGACAUCUAAUCGUCAGCAACUUUACUUCAAGGUGUUACUCAGCAUCGUGUCCAUUCAACUGUAGUGUCACGAAGCCAAACAUGCAGUAGGCCUGGAGUUGACUCGCCGACUUGUCCUACCUUAUCUCUCCCCUCGAUAUACCUGCCAAGAACGAGAAGGUGGACUUCGUCGAUGGUUUAAGGACAAUCGGAGGCAAUGGUAGUGCUACCGCUCGUGAUGGAUCGGCUUUCCACAUCUACACCGCUAAUGCUUCUAUGGAAAAGAAGGCAUUCGUUAAUAGCGACGGCGACUUCCUUAUCAUGCCUGAGAAGGGCCGCUUGGACAUCCAGACUGAGAUGGGAAAGUUGAUGGUUCGUCCUGGAGAGAUGGUAGUCGUUCAGAGCGGCCUGAAGUUCAAGGUCUCCCUUCCGGAUGGACCUUCUCGCGGUUAUGUGCGAGAGAUUUAUGCCGCUCAUUUUGAACUGCCAGAGUUGGGUCCAUUGGGUGCAACCGGCUUGGCCGAUAUGCGCGAUUUCGAGCAUCCCAUUGCUGGCUUUGAUAUCGACAGAACAAAUUGGGAAAUUGUAUACAAGAUAACUGGACAACUUUUACAUGCAAACAGGAUCACACCCCUUUUGAUGUUGUCGGAUGGACUGGAAAUUACGUGCCAUCACGCUGAUCCCUCAUCAUUGGCUCUGUUGACUGCGAGGUCUAAGGUACCGGGAACGCCUUUGGUGGAUAUCUGUGUCAUAGGCCCACACUGGGAUGUGAUGGAUGGUUAUGGACCCCCUUACUUCCACCGCAACAGUGCAUGCGAACUCAUUACCUUUGUCACCGUUCCUUCAUCGGGAACUUUCCGGCCUGCUUUUGAGUCUGGUAUCGUCAAUUACCAAACGGUUUUCGCCCCUCAUGGUCCGCUGGCAGCAGAACAUAAGACAGCCGUUGAGGAGAAGUUAGGUCCGACGUACAACUACGAUGGCUUCAUCAUCGAACCCAGUUCGCCCUUGCUUUUCACAGAGUUCGCUCGCAAGUCGCCCAAGUUCAAAGAACAUGAUGUCGCUUUGUGGAAGGGCCUUGAGCCGACUUUCAUGAAGCACGUCGAUCAGGUCAAUGCUAGGCUGAAAGCGGCCGGACUUCCCCUCUUGGUUCAAGGCAAUUGAGGUCCGAUGCUACAGCACCACGGAGCUCUCAAUGUUGUCUUGACACCGUCGAGACACAUCAU